AAUGAUAAAACUUCAAAAACUGAAACAACUCAGAUUUUGAACUAACCUUCUAUUUGUGACUGCUUAGAAGUUCAUUCUUUUGUGUACAAUUUCAGUUUAUUAUUUGCACACAGUUUCGGUUUGACUAGUACAUGAAGUUUUCCUUGAUCGAUUGUUCAGUGUGAUGGCCACUUAUGAAUGCUUUGUGAUCACUACUUAGAUUGUAGAAAUUUGUCGUAGCACAGUUACCAUGCUUCAAAGGUUUGAAAGGCUCAAACAAGCUAUAUCGAAACCUCGAAUUGUUUGCCGGAAACUGUUUUGUUCUUUCAGGGACGGAUGAAUUUCGUACGAGAGUAUUUCUUUGAAGGAUCAUGCUUUGUGAUGAUUACUUGUGAUUGUAGAAAUUUAUCGUAGCAUGGUUACCAUGCUUCAAAGGUCGGAAAAGCCCCAAACAAGCUAUAUCCAAACCUCAAAUUGUUGCCGGAAACUGUAUUGUUCUUUCAGAAGUUUAUCAUAGCACAGUUAUCAUGCUUCAAAGGUCUAAAAGGCUCGAACAAGCUGUAUCCAAACCUCAAAUUGUUGGCUGAAAACAGUAUUGUUCUUUCAGAAAUUUAUCGAAGCACGGUUACCAAGCUUCAAAGGUCUGAAAGGCUCGAACAAGCAAUAAGUAGUUGUGACCAGAGUAUACUUGCAAUGCGUUACUCGGAUUCGAUUCCGAUAACAAGUAGUUGACCGAUGCAUAUGGAGAUGCUGUUGUAGAACCUGUAAGACGAGCCACCUCUACCUGACUCCCCGACCCCUGACCCAGAUCAGGGACCAGAAACCGAGCGGCAGGACGCGAGACGCCGAGUUCCUCGUCCUUUUUAUAUCUCUCCGGGCCGCAGAAGCUCCGAGCUCUCUCCGCGCCAUCGACGACCGGGAGGAACGAAGAGGAACGUGAUCCAGCUCUCGCGAUCAGAUCCGACCGACCAUGAGUCUCUUCGGUCUCGGACGGAACCAGCGGACUUUUCGACCAAAGAAGAGUGCCCCUUCUGGGAGUAAGGGGGCCCAACUCAGGAAGCAUAUUGAUGCAACAUUAGGUAGUGGGAACCUAAGGGAAGCAGUGAAGCUUCCACCUGGUGAAGACUUAAACGAGUGGCUAGCUGUCAACACUGUCGAUUUCUUCAAUCAAGUGAAUUUGCUUUAUGGCACACUGACAGAAUUCUGUACACCAGAGAAUUGUCCGACAAUGACUGCAGGGCCAAAGUAUGAAUAUCGAUGGGCGGAUGGUGUCCAAAUAAAGAAACCUAUUGAAGUCUCAGCCCCAAAGUAUGUUGAGUACCUGAUGGAAUGGAUUGAAGUUCAGCUCGAUGAUGAAUCUAUUUUUCCUCAAAAGCUUGGAACACCUUUCCCUCCAAACUUUAAAGACGUUGUCAAGACAAUAUUCAAGCGGUUGUUCCGUGUUUAUGCCCACAUUUACCAUUCACAUUUUCAGAAGAUUGUCAGCCUCAAGGAAGAGGCACAUCUCAACACCUGCUUCAAGCAUUUCAUUCUCUUCACUUAUGAGUUUGGAUUGAUCGACAAGAAGGAACUCGCCCCGCUGCAGGAGCUAAUUGAGUCCAUCAUUGUUCCAUAUUAAUUUGCUGCUAAUCUUAAACACCUACAUAAAUAAAUCUUCUUGUAAUCUUAAUUUCCCUGCUAAGUUUCCCUUAAGUGAAGUUUGUUGAUGGUAUAUUGUGAGCCUAUUACAAACAUUAAUGAACACUAAUAUGAUUUUGUAACACAUUUGGCUGAGACAACCUCAAUUUAGCUGAAUUUUUGAUGUUC